ACUGCUGAUAAAAACUCAUCGUGAAGUCCGACAAUGGCGUUUACUGAUGUAGAAGAAGAGUCUCCUUGCGAAGCCGAUAAAUCCAAUUCUUUGUUGCCGACCGCCAGGUGCGGUUGUUUCCGGUUAUCGUGCUUUGGAUCUCGCCGUGUAGCCACCGUCGGACCAUCGUGGUGGGAGCGGCUUAGGGCAUCGCAAGUUCAUAGCGAGGGGCGCUGGUGGGCUCGAGGCGUUAGGGUUCUUUUGAAGCUCCGAGAAUGGUCGGAGAUCGUUGCUGGACCGAGAUGGAAGACUUUCAUUCGUCGAUUUAAUCGGAAUCGGAGUGGUGGAGGUGGAGGUGGUGUUAGGGCUGGGAAAUUUCAAUACGAUCCUUUGAGUUAUGCUAUGAAUUUCGAUGAAGGUUCGAGGCAGAUUGGGGAAUUGGACGAUGAUAUCGACGAUUUCAAUGGUUAUCGGAACUUCUCUGCUCGUUACGCUUCGAUUCCGGCGCCAUUGAAGACUGGAGGAACCAUAAUCAAGGAUGUUUCUUCCGUCGCGUAAAGGUGCGCUGUGUCUACUAAAAUUCGCCGUUGUUUUGUGCUGUUAUUGUCCACACAUUGGGAUGGCUGACAUCACCGCCGCCGCCGUCACCUCGUCCGUUAGAUUUUUCCCCUUUUCUUUUUUCAAGUCAAAAGUAAAUACAUGUUUGAGUUCAUUUUGGAUUUUCCGUUCUCCUUCUUCCUAAUGGGAUCAGUGGCACAUCAAGAUCAAUGUACAAUACGAUUAGAGUGUUUUUUUCUUUAAAAAAAUAUUCUUUUAUAUUAAAUUAUAUCCUGAUAGAGUUUAAUAAUAUUGAUUAGGGGACUUCCCUGUUUAAAGUGGGGUAAUAAAAAACCAUAUAAUGUUUGUAUAUAGAUUAUCUUUAUAUGAA